AUGAAAUACUUACUUUGUACCUUGGCUUUAUUUAUAAGUAUUGUAACCGUUUACAGUCGUAAACAAUGUGAAUGUGAAAUACGCACUGAUACAACAAUACCUGUUAAAGUGAAAGAUUUUGGUGUAAUUGAUCAAUGUGGUGUUGGAUUAUUUAGUACAUGUUCAUGUACUAAUAAAGCUAUGACUGAAUGUGGUACGAAUUGUGAAAAAAAAGUACAAGAAUGGGUGAAAUCUGGAUGUCAUGGUGGAAUUUUGGGCAUAAAACCCGGAACAAUUAUGAGUUAUCAUCAUGGAGAUUGCCAAAAAGGGUAUGGUUCCCAACGAUAUACGUGUCCUUGA